CAUGUUGAUCAAUGGACGGUCAUUGAACAAUGUCUAUUGUAUCACCAAACCAAUUUUAUUUAUUUUUUAUUUUUUGCCCCCCUUCCUCCUUUUCUCUGUCUCUUUUUUCUUCUUUUUGUGUCUCUAGUGUUUCUAUGUUUUGAUCCCUUUCCUCUCAUUUUCUUUUUAUACAUAUAUAUAUAUACACUUCAUAUAUCUUUAUUGGUUAAUCCUUCUCCUACCCAAAUACCCCUCCUCCUCCUCUUUCUUCAAUAGUUUUUUUUUUUUCUUCAUAGUCAUAUAUAGCAUUCUUAUCCAUGUGGAUUAUCUCACGUAUAUUUGGUGAAUCAAGGUGGACAAGGGCUAUCUUUUGUCAAGUCAUUGUACAGGCUAUUUUGACGAUUACUUUUGAAGGUGUCAUCUUUUGGUAUCAUUCUACCCAAAUCAAUAUACUCAGCGAACGAAAACUGACCAACAAUAGUACUGAUAUUGCAACAGCAUUUGCAAAUGCUCAAUCUUUAUUGGUAUAUUUUGUUCUUUUUAUUAUUGCCCAACUCUUUACUGUUAUUUUGGUCAUUGAUGCGAUCUAUCAAAAAAAUACCAUCCAAUUGAUUGCAUUAUUUGCCUUUGAAUGGGGAAUGGCAGCAUAUUCUAUUAUCCAAUACCAUCAAUCAUCAACGCUCUUCAGUACAAACGAUGCUGUCGUCAAUCUUGCUACUGCUUAUUUGGGAGACGCUUUACAUGCUUCGAAAUGGGCCGAAAUCACUCAAAUUUGUAUCAUGGUUAUCAGUAGCGUUGUCUUUUGUUUCUUGGCAUAUAAACUUUAUCUUGAUUUUGGUUGGUACAUUUACAAGAAAAUUGGGGCUGAACAAGCUAUGCGUGAUCGUUAUAAAAUGUAUCAAAUCUUUAUGAUGUUACUCAAAUUUGACUUUUUCUUCUUUUUGGGUUUUUCUGUUCAAUAUUUGGCUUUGAUGAUCGUAGUAUGGUGGCCUGAAGCAACAACGGACGAAACAAGGAAUAACUUGGUACGUGAAUUGAUUGAACAUAUCAUCCUAAGUUGUGCCGUUACUAUUCUUAUGCUGAUUCUAGCUUAUUGGGGUUUACGUCGGGAACGAAAAAUUCAUAUGCAUUUAUUCGUUCUUUUAUCCAUGGCAAGUAUGGCCUACUUUAUAUAUACCUUGGUACAAAUCUCUUUAGAUCCUGAUAGAUUCCUUGGUUCAAGAGCUUUUCUUACCUUCUUUUUAUGUGUUGAUAUGGUGCUUAUUUUGGUGUCUGUCCCUGUAUCUAUUGUAUGCUUACGAAACUUCAAUCUUGGCUUGAUGAAUCAUAUAUCACACGCAACUGCUUCAGCUGCUUCAGCACAUUCUAUGACGCCUCUAGGAGAAGAAAAGGCCAAUUCCAAACGCUGGUCUAUUGAAUGAAUAGUAACCUUUUUUUUUAUGUAUAUCGUUUAUACAUCUAUAGUUUUCUCAUUUGAUAUCAUUUCUUAUUUUCCAUACUUUUAUCUUCAUUCCCUUUUUUUUAUUAUUAUUAUUUUUAUUUUCGUUUAGUCAUACCUUUUUUUUUUUUUGUAAGCUAGUUAGUUGCCUUUACAC